AUGGCACCAAAGAAGAACAUCACCUACAAGGGGAAGAUACUAUUUCUCCAUGGAUACACUCAAUCUUCAUCUUUAUUUUAUGCCAAGACUUCUGCAUUAAGAAAAAAACUCAUCAAGUUGGGUUACAAAUGUGUGUAUCUUAAUGGACCUUAUGUGCUAACUCCAGCAGACUUGCCAACAACGGAUUCCUUAUCCAAGUUUGGGUCUGCCACAACAGACACAGAGGAUGUGACAUACCGUGCAUGGUGGGUCAAGAAAGACAAGACCAACGAUGCUAUCGAUUUGGACGAGUCUAUUGCUACAGUAAAGGAUUAUAUUCAAAAAGGCGAGAUCAUCGCAGACAACGAUUUGGAAGUAGAGGAGGAAACAGAUGAAGAAAAGAAAUUGCCUAUUGUUGGUAUACUUGGGUUUUCGCAAGGUGCUGCUUUUGGUGGGUUAAUUGCCCAUAAAUUCCCCCAGUGGUUUGAAACUGAUCCACUAAAGUUUGUUGUUUUGUAUUCUGGAUUUAAAUUAGACACUUCAAAGAAGACAGGUAACGACAAAUACAAUGAGUAUUACCCCCAAACAGAAGACGACGUUAAAAAUGGAGGUUUCAAGUACCUUCAUGUGUUGGGAGAGUUGGACACAGUGGUAGCAGAAGAUCGUGGAUACUCGUUGUAUGAGCUUACUAAGUCAUCCUCGGAUAUCUUGAAGCAUCCAGGAGGCCAUUUCGUUCCAAACUCAAAAAUUUAUGUCGAUAAUGUGGCUAACUGGAUUGAAUCCCAUCAAAAUGGGUCUCAAGUGAAGUCUGAAAAGCCAGAGGACGAUAUCGAUUCGUUGUUGGACAUGAUGGAUAAUUUUGGGAAAGCUUGA